GGCUUUCGAAUCCAUCGUUCAGGCGUUGCAUCCUGUUAAGGUGGUUGUCUGGGGUGAGGUGGCAAUGGGCUUUCUCGGAGCGGUAACACUCCUCAAUAGCUAUAUGCUAAUCCCUUCUGAAUCUGAGUACGACCUCGCUGCGCAAAAGUUAGUUGAGGCAGGUUUUCGCCCCGCACCAUGGUCGUACGGCAUAACCGAUCCACACCUCCUUCCAGACGACGAGAUCGCACGACGGCUUAAACUUAGGGAAUAUCCCGAAUUUCAGAGGCUAGACGGCAAUUCGGUGCGAUUCCAAUUUCCGGUAGGGUUUUCUGGCCCUGAAAGAGUUGUACUGCUGCGAAGCACGUAUAUCGGUCUCAGCCCCCCGAACGAUCCGUCAUCGAUGCAAAGAUUCCAUUGCCAUGAUAUCUUGUAUUAUCCUGACAAAGCUCUCCUCCUGGAAAGCUUUAUCAGGACUCUCCUGCAGGAAUCUCCAGGCUACUGGCGCUACUUGUUGGAGGCUUGGGCUAUAUCAUAUAUAUAUGGUAUACUGAUGGUUGAAGACUCGGUGCUUGAUUCCUGCGAAGAUGAAAGUGUGAAAUUGUGGUUCAACGAAAAGAUUCGCCGGGGAAAGGGUGGUCUGGACAGAACUACAGUCAGUAAGAGAGUGGGAAAAGGUCAAGCCCCUGCUACGUAAGCCAAAGGCCUUGGAAUUUGGCCAUUCUAAUGUGUCUAUACCUGCCAGCUCGUAGCUAAUGUUUUCUUAAUUUAUUGCAUCAUACACUCUAAAUCCACUCCG